AAACAAUACGUUAGCACAUGUUAACGCAUGCGCUCUUUGCCUUGGCGGUCGCUUUCUGCCCUUCGUGAAGAUGGCUUCGCGCGCGGGACCUCGAGCCACGGGAACCGAUGGCAGCGACUUCCGGCACCGGGAGCGCGUGGCCCAGCAUUACCAAAUGAGCGUCUCUCUCAAGUCUGAGAUUAAGAAGUUGAUCUACAUACAGGUGGCCCUGUGGCUGUUGGUGGCAGCACAGAUGUGCGUAGCUCACUUCAAACUUCUGCCCCAUGACAAGGUGGCCAUGCCUUACCAAUGGGAGUACCCCUACUUGCUCAGCAUCAUCCCUUCCCUCUUUGGCCUCUUCUCCUUUCCCCGAAACAACAUCAGCUACCUGGUGAUUUCCAUGAUCAGCACUGGCCUCUUCUCGGUGGCGCCUCUCAUCUACGGCAGCAUGGAGAUGUUCCCGAUGGCUCAGCAGCUCUACCGCCAUGGCAAAGCCUACCGUUUCAUCUUUGGUUUCUCUGCAGUCUCUGUCAUGUAUUUGUUGAUAGUGGUGGCGGUGCAAGUUCAUGGCUGGCAACUUUAUUACAGCAAAAAGCUCUUGGACUCCUGGUUUACCAGCACUCAGGAGAAGAAGAAGAAGUAAACAAGGGGUUGGGACUGCAUGCACCAACACUUGCUUGGAUGGAGGGGUGGGGAGGAGGGAGAGGUCCCCUGAAGGAGAGGUAGAUAGUGCUCUUGGGGUUUCUCUCACAUUCAUACUGAGCAAAUGGGAGAUCCAGGGGUUCCAGCUGCCUGAUUGAACAUUGAACCAGGCUUGGUUGUUUUUCCAGCUGGUGUGACCUACAUGGGAGCUAUAGGCAUGGGUAGUCCUGCUUUGGAAGGGAUUUAGGGGAUCAUCCUUCCAAAGGAGAGGCAACUGAUACCCUUUAGAGAUAUGCUUUCCUCGCUUGACUUAGGCAGAUGAAACUUGGAGUCUCCUGUUGGUUUGAAUAAACCAAUACUGAGCUAUGCCACAUGCACUUUAAAAGAUUCACUUGUGCACUAUCUUGAAUUACGCUGUGAAAAAUUGGAUCUUAGUAGGAAUAGGAAAGCAGCACACAGCGAGGCCAGGAAACCUUCCUUCCUUCCUUCCUUCCUUCCUUCCUUCCUUCCUUCCUUCCUUCCUUCCUUCCUUCCUUCCUUCCUUCCUUCCUUCCUUCCUUCCUCCCCCCCUCCCUCCCUCCCUCAUUCCUUUGUUCCUUCACUCCCACUCCAGAAUAUUAUAGGAUCCAACCCUGUCAAGAGAUGUGUAUGGUCAUACUCCCAGGAGUAGCUACCCUGGUGGUAAGAGUUGCCACCUGAUUUUCUCCAGCCCAAGCACAGCCCAAAUACAUGCCAAGCACUGAGGCCUCGUCUGCUGGAUUACUUCUCAGCUUAACUUGCCUUCUUUCCCUGUAACCAGCCUAUCCACGUUCCAGAGACUCUUGGCCUUUUCUACAAUCUGUCUAGGUGGUUCCAGGAAUGGCUGCCACCGCCCAUCUUUGCUCUCGUGCUUGUGAACCAAAUAAAGUGCUAUCUUAAAAA